GACCCCGCGUGACACCGCCCCGCGUGCGCGGUGACGUCAGGGCCGGGAGCGGAGCCGGGCGCUGUGCAGGGGCCGCGGCGGGGCCGGCGCCGCCAUGGGGGAGCUGUUCCGCAGCGAGGAGAUGACCCUGGCGCAGCUGUUCCUGCAGUCCGAGGCCGCGUACUGCUGUGUCAGUGAGCUGGGCGAGCUGGGCAAGGUCCAGUUCCGCGAUCUGAACCCGGACGUGAACGUGUUCCAGCGCAAGUUCGUCAAUGAAGUCAGGAGGUGUGAGGAGAUGGACCGCAAGCUCCGGUUUGUUGAGAAGGAGAUUAAAAAAGCAAAUAUUCCUAUCAUGGACACUGGUGAAAACCCAGAGGUGCCUUUUCCACGUGACAUGAUCGACUUGGAGGCAAACUUUGAGAAAAUUGAAAAUGAGCUUAAAGAAAUCAACACGAACCAGGAAGCGCUGAAGAGAAACUUCUUGGAGCUGACAGAGCUGAAAUUCAUCCUGCGUAAAACUCAGCAGUUCUUUGAUGAGGCUGAAUUGCAUCAUCAGCAGAUGGCGGAUCCAGACCUGUUGGAGGAAUCCUCUUCGCUCCUGGAACCAAGCGAGAUGGGAAGAGGUGCCCCGCUACGACUCGGGUUUGUGGCCGGUGUGAUCAACCGGGAGCGGAUCCCCACGUUCGAACGCAUGCUGUGGCGAGUGUGCCGAGGGAACGUGUUCCUGCGCCAGGCAGAGAUUGAGAACCCCCUGGAGGACCCUGUGACGGGGGAUUACGUGCACAAGUCUGUGUUUAUCAUCUUCUUCCAAGGCGACCAGCUGAAGAACAGAGUCAAGAAGAUAUGUGAAGGAUUCCGUGCCUCCCUUUACCCAUGCCCCGAAACACCCCAGGAACGGAAGGAAAUGGCUUCUGGUGUCAAUACCAGAAUUGAUGAUCUUCAGAUGGUGCUGAACCAAACGGAGGAUCAUCGGCAGCGGGUGCUGCAGGCAGCUGCCAAAACCAUCCGCGUGUGGUUCAUCAAGGUGCGCAAGAUGAAGGCCAUUUACCACACCCUGAACCUCUGCAACAUCGAUGUCACGCAGAAGUGCCUCAUUGCUGAAGUCUGGUGCCCUGUGGCUGACCUCGAUUCCAUCCAGUUUGCUCUCAGGAGAGGCACUGAGCACAGUGGAUCCACUGUCCCAUCCAUUCUAAACAGGAUGCAAACCAAUCAGACCCCACCAACAUACAACAAAACUAACAAGUUUACUUGUGGCUUUCAAAACAUUGUUGAUGCUUAUGGCAUUGGGACGUAUCGGGAGAUAAAUCCAGCACCCUAUACGAUCAUUACCUUCCCCUUUCUGUUUGCUGUGAUGUUUGGAGAUUUUGGCCAUGGAAUCCUGAUGACUCUGAUUGCUGUUUGGAUGGUGCUUAGGGAAAGUCGGAUUCUCUCCCAGAAGAGUGACAAUGAGAUGUUCAACAUGGUUUUUAGUGGCCGAUACAUCAUCCUGCUGAUGGGGCUGUUCUCCACCUACACCGGCCUCAUAUACAAUGACUGUUUCUCCAAGUCCCUGAAUUUCUUUGGCUCAUCAUGGAGCGUCCGGCCCAUGUUCAUGACAGGCAACUGGUCAGAUGCCCUGCUAGAGACCACUCCUCUGCUGCAGCUGAACCCUGCCAUUCCCGGCGUGUUCGGUGGCCCCUACCCCUUCGGCAUUGACCCGAUUUGGAAUAUUGCCAGCAAUAAGCUGGCCUUCCUCAACUCCUUUAAGAUGAAAAUGUCUGUGAUUCUUGGCAUUAUCCACAUGCUCUUUGGUGUCACGCUGAGUCUUCUCAACCACAUCUAUUUUAAGAAGCCACUGAACAUAUACCUGGGAUUUAUUCCAGAGAUGAUUUUCAUGUCAUCCCUCUUUGGAUACCUCGUUAUUCUCAUUUUCUACAAAUGGACAGCCUACGAUGCUCACACCUCCAAGGAUGCACCAAGCCUUUUAAUACACUUUAUCAACAUGUUUCUCUUCUCCUAUAGUGACACCAGUAAUAAGAUGCUUUAUAAGGGGCAGCAAGGCCUCCAGUGUUUCCUUGUGGUGGUGGCGUUACUGUGUGUGCCCUGGAUGCUGGUAGCUAAACCCCUGGUCCUUCGCCAUCAGUAUUUAAGGAGAAAGCACUUGGGAACACACAACUUCGGUGGGAUCCGGGUGGGCAAUGGCCCGACUGAGGAGGAUGCUGAGAUCAUUCAACAUGACCAGUUAUCUACCCAUUCCGAGGAGGGGGAGGAGUUUGACUUUGGGGACACUGUGGUGUACCAGGCCAUCCACACCAUCGAGUACUGCCUGGGGUGCAUUUCAAACACUGCAUCCUACCUGAGGCUCUGGGCUCUCAGCUUAGCCCAUGCACAGCUCUCCGAGGUGCUCUGGACCAUGGUGAUCCACAUUGGCCUCAGCGUGAGGAGCCUGGCGGGAGGCCUGGGCCUCUUCUUCAUCUUUGCUGCUUUUGCUACCCUGACAGUGGCCAUUCUGCUGGUCAUGGAGGGGCUCUCUGCUUUCCUCCAUGCUCUUCGCUUGCACUGGAUUGAGUUCCAGAACAAGUUCUACACUGGCACUGGAUUCAAGUUUCUCCCUUUCUCCUUCGAUACCAUCCGUGAGGGGAGGUUUGACGAUUGAGUGUCCCCCCUCCAGCAGUGCUCCUUGUGGCCAGCCCUGUCCCGUUGCAUGUAACCCUCCCGUAGUGAACGUAACUUAUUGCAGCACCCAGAGCCUCGUCUCUGGGGUAGUGAGUGACACUGGAUCAAAGAAACUCUCAUCCCUUAAGUGUAGCCCUGCAGAUAGCAAGUGCACGAUGUGUGAGCAGGGGUGUGCAGCGUGUCCUGGGGGCGUGCAUCGGGGCUGGACAGGGAUCCAGCCACGGCUCAGGGGCCACACAGCACAUGGAGAACAGGCUGAACACCCUCAGCCUGCACCAAGCUGCUUGGGAAGAGGAAGGUGGAUGUGUGGGUCCCACGUCCCUGCAUCUGAGCAAACAAACUGGGAGCAGGCAGAGCCUCAGGGCUCCUGCCUGUGCUCUGCUCCCAUCUGUGGCUCAUCCCGGGCAGGGAUUCGGCUCUUGGAGGUACUGCUGAUGUGUUGUCAUCCUGCUGGGGCUCUGAGGAGCCCUUAGGGCAAAACAGAGGCUGAGUCCUGCCAGAGCAGCCCCGUGGCAAUGGCUCUCGCUGCCAUUCCCCCGCAGUAGCUGUUGCUUUGUCUCUUGUGCAAGAUGUGAGUAAUUCCUCACCCUCCUCACAUGGCUGUAGCUGUAGGAGCAGUGGUGUGCGUGUGUGUUAGUGCUGUGUGUAACUGUCGUGUUUAACUCUGGUGCAGCUCAAGGACUUGUGUGUGACUGCGAUAGAACAACACCGAGGGUCAUUGUAACCCCCAAUGGCUGUGUGGUCACAAGGGUGUUUGCAGAACCAUGGUUGUGGUGGAUGCAGCAGUGACCCUGGUCCUGCAUUGCUCACGGUCACUGUGUCAUUAAACCAACUGCACAACAACGA